UAAGAUAUGAAAUUGGGGGAUGUUGUGUACAUUUCAUCUUGAUUUCUACAUUGUGGUUAGCUAUUGUGGGAGGAAAAUGGGGUCUGAGAAGAUGACAAUGAGUUCGGAGAGUUCAACUGCUAAUGAUGAAAAGAAAAACAGCAACAGCAAACCACUUUCUGUGCUGCUUGUGGAUGAUAACAUUGUACUUCGAACAAUCCACAAAGCGAUGCUGACAAGACAGGGGAUGGAAGUUCAUCUGGCUGUUAAUGGACAAGAAGCUGUUGAAUUUCAUCGAGCUGGUGCUUCUUUUGACCUCAUUCUUAUGGACUUGGAUAUGCCCAUCAUGGAUGGCUGUCAGGCAACAAAGGAGCUCCGGGACAUGGGCAUUAACUGCGCCAUUAUUGGUGUUGCCGCUUGUAGUGACUCCGAGCGUAAAACGUUCAUGGAAUCAGGCCUGGAUGACUGCAUUUCUGUUCCAUUUUCUUUAGAAAAAAUCGCCUGUUACAUCCUGUUGCUCACCGACGACAAUAUCGAGGUCGGGGACAAUAUCAACAACUACUAUGAUUACACAGAGGAGGAGGAGGAGGAGGAGGAUGACCGUAAGAGCAUCCGCAGCAGCUGUAGCAGCAACACCAUAUAGAUCAAUGUAUGUCAGUAGAUCAACAGAUCAAUGUAUGUCAGCGGCAACAUAUAGAUCAAUAGAUCAUACAUAUAAAUAAAGCUUGUUAAUUAAGAGCCAAACUAUGAAAAUUGCUGAAAAUUCUUGUUUAUACAAGAAAUUUUUCGUGAUUGAAAUUUCAUAUGUGGUUUUCUUUCUUUCUCUCAAUCUGGUUUAUAUGUACUGAGAAUAAUUUGCUUGUUAAGUAAUAAUUAACACUUAAAUAUUAUUAUAA